AGAGUGGAGUGGGAGAGCGCGAAGUUAAGCCACCAUGUGGACGAGGGCUUUAGCGACGGUGCUGUUCGUGGCAGGCGCCGCGCUGCUCGGCGUCGGCGUCGGCGGCGCCAGCGCGCAGCAGGGCGUGUGGAGCAUCAUCACUCGUCCCAUGUUCCAGAGCAUGCUGAGCCACCGCGGCGAUAGCGGGUGCCAGGGCGCCUUCUACACCUACGACGCCUUCAUCGAGGCCGCCAGCAAGUUCCCCGGCUUCGGCACCACCGGCGACGAGCAGACGCGCAGGCGGGAGCUCGCCGCCUUCUUCGGCCAGACGUCCCACGAAACCACCGGUGGAUGGGCGACUGCUCCGGGUGGACCGUUUGCCUGGGGAUACUGCCGGGUGAAGGAACAGAACCCGACGGACCCACCCUACUAUGGACGAGGACCCAUACAGCUAACUCAUGAGUACAACUACAGGCUCGCCGGGCAAGCGCUGAACCUGAACCUGGUGGGCAACCCGGACCUGGUGGCGAGCGACCCCGUGGUAGCCUUCAAGACGGCCAUCUGGUUCUGGAUGACGCCGCAGUCGCCCAAGCCGUCGUGCCACGCCGUGAUGACCGGCGCCUGGACGCCGUCCGCCACCGACCGCGCCGCCGGGAGGCUCCCCGGAUAUGGCCUCACCUCGAACAUCAUCAACGGCGGGCUAGAGUGCGGCAAGGGCCAGUCCACCGACGGCGCCAAGGACCGGGUCGGCUACUACAAGAGGUACUGCGAUAUGCUCCGGGUGGGGUACGGGGACAACGUGCCCUGCAAGGACCAGAAGCCUUACGGAGGAUGAGGACGUACGUGGACAACAAUAAUUAUAUGGUUGCUGCAAGCCUUCACGUGUUUUUGUUGCCUCUCUACCAACUAAGAAUAAAUCAAGCUAGCAGCAAACAGGGGCAACCUGCUACCUUCGGCAUGUGUCUACUUAUCAUAUAGUGUGUCUAUGUAUGGCACAGUAUCUCAUCUCUGGAUGCAUGAUAACGAACUAAUCAACGGUUAGCAGCAUUCACCUU